AUGGCCAACGGCACGGGUAGGGCAGACUUCACCCUGGCUGGCUUCUCAGAGGUUCCUGAGCUCCAGGCCCUCCAUGCCACGCUCUUCCUGCUCAUCUACGUGGCGGCCCUGGGGGGAAAUGCUCUCAUAGUCAUGCUCACCUCGCUCAGUCAGCGCCUGUCCACACCCAUGUACUUCUUCCUGAAGCAUCUGUCUCUGCUGGACGCAGCCUUCAUCUCGGUCACCGUGCCCAACUCCAUUGCUAACUCCGUCACACGCAGCAGGACCAUCUCUUUCCUCGGCUGUGCCACCCAGCUCUUUCUGGUCCUCUACCUGGCCUUUUCCGAGCUGGUGCUACUGACAGUGAUGGCCGGGGAUCGCUAUGUGGCCAUCUGCCAUCCCUUGCGCUAUGAGCUCAUCAUGAGCAGGACACUGUGUGCUCGCCUGGCAGCGGCCUCGUGGCUGAGCGGGGGCCUUGGUGGGGGCCUCUACACCGCCAGCACGUUCUCCUUGACCUUCUGCGGCUUCCUUGUUCAACAGUUCUUCUGCGACGUUCCUUCCUUACUGAAGCUCACCUGUGCUGGCACGCAGACAGCCAACGUGGCCAUCACGGCUGCCAUCUUUGUCUUGGCUGUGGGCUGCUUUGUUUCCAUCAUGGUGUCCUACGCAUACAUAUUCCACACGGUGCUGAGGAUCCCAUCGGCCCAAGGCAGAUCCAAAGCCUUCUCCACCUGCCUGCCCCAUCUCUUCGUCACCACUCUCUUUGUGUCCAGUGGCAGUGCUCCCUACCUGAUGCCCAAGUCAGACUCUCCUUGUCUUCUCGAUCUUCUGUUGUCUGUCUUCUACACUGUGGUGCCUCCGACUCUGAACCCUGUCAUCUAUAGCUUGAGAAAUAAAGAUAUCAAGGAUGCGCUACUCAGCAUCAUUUCUGGCAAGUCCACACCUUCUAACUGA